AUGGGUUCCCCCAGCCACCCCAGCAGGGACUGCUCCCAGGUCAUUGAUCACAGCCAUGUUCCUGAGUUCGAGGUGGCUACCUGGAUCAAAAUCACCCUCAUCCUGGUGUACCUGGUUAUCUUCGUGGUGGGCAUCCUGGGGAACAGUGUCACCAUUCGGGUCACCCAGGUGCUACAGAAGAAAGGCUACCUGCAGAAAGAGGUGACAGAUCACAUGGUAAGCCUGGCUUGCUCCGACAUCCUGGUCUUCCUCAUCGGCAUGCCCAUGGAGUUCUACAGCAUCAUCUGGAACCCCCUGACCACACCCAGCUACACCGUGUCCUGCAAGGUGCACACGUUCCUCUUUGAGGCUUGCAGUUAUGCCACGCUGCUGCACGUGCUGACCCUCAGCUUUGAGCGCUACAUCGCCAUCUGCCACCCCUUCAGGUAUAAGGCCAUGGCGGGGCCCUGCCAGGUGAAACUGCUGAUUGGCUUCGUCUGGGUCACCUCCGCCCUAGUGGCGCUGCCUUUGCUUUUUGCCAUGGGAGUCGAGUACCCCUUGGUGAACGUGCCCACUCACUGGGGACUCACUUGCAACCGCUCCCGCACACGCCACCAGGAGCAACCGGAGAGUUCCAACAUGUCUAUCUGCACCAACCUGUCCAGCCACUGGACCGUGUUCCAGUCUAGCAUCUUCGGCGCCUUUGUGGUCUACCUCGUGGUCCUGGCCUCCGUGGCCUUCAUGUGCUGGAGCAUGAUGCAGGUGCUGAGGAGGAGUAAGCAGGGCACCCUGACUGCUGAAGGGCGGCAGCUGCAGAUGAGGAAGUUGGAGAGCCAGGAGAGCAGGAGCGCCCGGAGGCAGACCAUCAUCUUCCUGAGGCUGAUUGUUGUGACCUUGGCCGUCUGCUGGAUGCCCAACCAGGUUCGGAGGAUCAUGGCGGCGGCCAAACCCAAGCACGACUGGACCAAGCCCUACUUCCGGGCAUACAUGAUCCUCCUCCCCUUCUCAGACACCUUCUUCUACCUGAGCUCCGUCGUCAACCCGCUUCUGUACAAUGUGUCGUCGCAGCAGUUCCGAAGCGUGUUCGGGCAGGUGCUGCGCUGCCGCCUGACGCUGCCGCACGCCAACCAGGAGAAGCACCUGCGUGCCCACGUGGCCUCCACCAUGGACAGCGCCCGCUCCGCGCGCCGCCCGCUCAUCUUCCCGGCUGCCCGGCGCAGCAGUUCCUCUGCAAGAGCUAACAAGGUUUUCUUAAGCACUUUUCAUAGUGAGGCCAAGCCCGAGUCUAAGCCUCAGGGGCUGAGUUGCGAGUCACCAGAACCCGACUUGGGGACGAAACCAGCCAACCCUGCCACCGGGAAUGGUUUUCAGGAGCACGAAGUGUGA